CAGAGUUUUGCAGUGAAGCAUGCUUGUCAAGCGCAGCGUGCGUGCGUACAUGCUGUAUAGCAUACUGUUUGAAAAUUAAUGUUGUACAUUAUUCUACUCUGGGGAUCACGGAGACGCGUUUUUCUAUUAUUUCAUUACGGUCUUUUUCCGUAUUGUUUCUACGCUUGUAAGGAGAUUCCUGAGCUUGUGGGACCGAGCAGUCGAAAUUUCGUUAGUGAUAGACUCAAACGAUUUCCUAAUGAAAAUAAAUCCAAUUUUUUUAAGUGUUAAGGCUUCGAACACCAUUCGCUGCUUGCAUGGUGUAUAAUGGUUGAAUCUAUUAAGCCUAACUCUAUUAUGGUUAACUUCAGUUUAUUCUGUUCGCAACAGCACUCGGUUUUGAACGAAAUAUUUUAUAUUUUCAUUGCUUCACGAGGUAGUUUCACAGAUUUUGGUAAUUUAUUCUGUGGUGAAGGGUGUUUCUACUUAUCGUUCUCCAUUAGAGGAGACUUUUUAAACCUCUCAUUAUGCCUCUAGUGCGAAUCAUAGACAAACGGUCUUAAGUAAUAACGAACACAGUAUGCCUUAUGUUGUUGUUUCGUGACAUGAUUCUCUGUUUUGACAAUAUGGGUCUGUCAGUUCGUUAGAGUAGAAGUUAUAUACAGUGAAUUGUUAAGUUUGAGUAGUUAGUAGUUGUGAACUGAUUCUUGUUAACUACUUAGUUUGUUAAAUAAAUAACAUAGCUCACGUUUAAGUCGAUAGGAAGCGUUUAAUUAAAGCCAUUCUCCGAACAUUAUGGGCAACGAAACUAGUCAGGAGCAAGGUGGAGAACCGACAGCCCGAGAACCAAGUGGACAAGCUUUUCCAGGACGAUCACAAGAACAGACGCAAAGUGGAUUGGGGUUUAGUUCAGUAGGGGGGCUUUCAGCCUCCCAACAAUCUCAAGCCCAAGAGAGCAAAUUUAGAACUUUAGGAAGUACUCCGGACCAAGGAAAGAUGACACCUACGUUGCCUGUACAAGUGCCGGCAGCACCACAACUUGAUCUUAGUGAUCUCUCCGAGGAGGAAAAGUCCAAAAUUUUAUCCGUUAUGGCAAAGGCAGAGCAUAUGGACAAAGAUCUAGAAAUACAUAGACAAAAAGUUCAGCACACUCGACAAGAGCACAAUCUAGGGACUACCUCAACGCCACCUACUGGUCUACCUCAGCAUCAACAGCUUUGCCCCCAGUGUCACGUGACGGUUUUAACAGCUGAAACCACAUCACAGUGUGCGGACUGCAAGAUAGCAGUCUGUCGGAAAUGUGGGACGUCUCUGGCGGAAGGAGAGGGAAGGGCUGUGUGGGUCUGUGUUGAGUGUAUACGUCGUAGAUCACAGAUGUCUACCAGCCAACCCCGAAGACAACCAGACCGAGAAAUCGCUUAUCAGAAUCAAUAUUUAGCGCCACCUGGUAGUAGAAAGCAACAGCAGGGAUACAAAGAAGAAGCUUCUGGAGAAGAUUUGCAAAAUCAAGAUGGAAGGCGUCUACACUCCAAAUCUCGAACGAGUCGGAUAGGUCAAGCACAACAGGCAGAUUCCAAAAGGGGAGAACACUCUGGAGAGAGUAGAAUGCAAAGAAACGAUUCCCAUAUUAGCGUAUCGCAAGAUGCACAGAACUACCGCACAAUAAAAAAACAAUUUUCUCAUGACGCUGUGGACCAACCUCCACUACCUUGGGCUCCUGUUUCUGUGACAACACAUUCAUCUGAUCAGCAAAAAUCAUAUCAACCACCCUUACCCUGGGCUCCUAUUACCACAGCACCAUCUCAUCAAAUGAGGCUUCAACAAACAUUUGAGUCUUCCCACAAAGGUAGUCCUUUGCAACAUUCAAGCUCAGCUGACGUUGAGCCUAUGCUUUAUUCUAAUACUCAGUACAGUAUUUCAAACAGAAGUCAUGUAACUACUAGUGAAGGUGCUAGUGGACAGUCUUCUUUUUUCUCCUCAGAAAAGAUGGCUUCUUAUUCUUCUAUGACUCAGGAUAUUCCUCAGCAGCAGCAGAAACAGCAACAAGCACUCUCAUACCAAUCACCGAAAUCAAGCAUCAAUGAAUUACAAAAUCAGAAGAAACAGAAACAACGGUCUGAUAGUCAGGAAUGGUCCCCAAUGAUGGACCUUUCUCCUAUUGUUGAUGUCUCACCUUCUCUGGAAGCAGCAGAACAGGAAUUAAUGGAAAAAUACCAAGAUUAUAUUCCUCCGAUGUCUAUGCCAAGAGUAACCAGUGGCACUAUUCCCGAAAUGCUAGAAAAUUUUCAAAGGUCUGUACAGCAAACGCCUGAAGACCCUCAGCUCAAGAUGCAGCAUUUCUCAUCCUUAGAUGCACGCCAUUUAUCUGCAACUUCCACAGAAGUAGCCAAAGCUGGUAAGGUCAUUCCUAUGACGAUAGUUAAUCAGCCUUCUCGGACGACUGAAAGAACUCGGCCAAUGCCCAAAGAACAAGUAGCCCCUUUCUCUACGGUACAGAUAGCGUCUACUUCUCAAUCUCAAAGUUCAAAAGCUAGUAGCAUCCGUAGAGUCCACAGGAGGUUGCCUCAGCCCACUUUAGAGCAAAUGCAAGAAGCUAUAGCACUGGCAGCUCAAACCCCAAAGUUCAAAUUAUCCCAUAAUCGUGGUCAAACAGGGUCUCCACAAACUCCGAAGGGUUUAGUCAGUAGUGCAGAAGGGAAAAAUGUAUCAAGACAAAAAUUAAUGGAUAAAAGUCCAGUUGUUCAACAGCAGCACCAGUCUUUUGCACAUUCAGAAAUAGAACAAAGAGGUGAAAUGAUGAAAAGGACAGCAGCCGAUUCGGAUAAAAGUGUUCUUCGUUCUCAGACCUCUGGUUUGAACGUUUCCACAGCAUCGGCUUUUGGUCUACAAUCUUAUGGUGAAACACACAGCCUAACUUUGCCCUCUACAACCACUUACCAAUCUACAAGUCUACCGUAUGAUAGUGGCCUUCAAGCUAUGUCUUCAACAUUAGGAAUGAUGUACGGCAGUAGUCAACCAUUAUUGAUGGCUUCGUCCCAGAUAUACCCAUUGGGACCGGAGAGAGAUAUUUUAAAUACUAGAGGACUAGAAACAACAAGCCUUAGCUACAGCAGAUCGUCUUCUGUUCCUGACUCUGUCAGCAAGAUCGGGGUACACAGUCUCGGAACAAGAGAUAAGACAGGAGAUUCGUCUGACGCACAGAGUGAUACGGGAAGCACGAUGUCGGCCAAACUUCGACACACCUUUCCAUACAUGUCUUCAAGCCAGGAAAUACCUUCCGCGGCAGUCGUUCCCCACCGAAAAGAUCGGAAACGAAAUUUAUCUGUUGGAAGUAACCCAAUUGUUAUUGAAGAGAGAACUCAAUAUAGGCCUUUUCCUCAACGAGCGUCUUCUUUAGAAGAACGUGGUCCUAUUUCGGUGGGUUCUAAUGUUGUAGGUGCCAAUUCCCUUUCUUACGUUCCAAUCUAUUCUUCUACAGAAGCGUAUUUAGGUCGUCGGGCUGACUCCUUAUCCGAGUAUUAUAUGCCUAAAACAGACUACUAUUCACGAUCAGCACCAGGAGAACCAAGUCGCACAAUAGCAAGCGAUUUUUUGCCUCGAACAAUGAGGCAACCUUCAGAGCUCGGUGUGGCCCGAGAAACUCUCCCCUCCUACAUGUAUAGUUUGAAGCAACGACUCUGGGAUGAAAUUAAAACGGUAACAGACGAAAGAAGACGACUCGCUGAUUUACGCCAUAAAAGUGAAACUGAUAUUACCUCUCUGUUGCCUCCUACCGAUUACUUGAAUGAACCGAAUAGAAAAGCUCUGUACAGUGAAGGAAAACGGAUAAGAAUUCGUUCCGGACCUGUUAGAACCAUUUCAACAUCUGCGCAGACGUCUCCCCAAGACACAGACAGAGAGUUCUUUUAUAUCCACCCUUCUGCACAUACCAUGGAAAAAAGAAAUAUCCACUUUGCCAAAGGUUACAGGGAUUUCUCUGACGACUUGACACGCUAUGUGUUGGUUCCUUCAAAAACAUUCGAGUCUUCCCAUGAGAAGAAGUUGUCGGAUGAUUUACCUAGGCCAUCAUUGUAUCCAGAAACAUUCAGAGGUUUAGCUCGUCAAACAGGUUUCCAUGCGCAAGAUAAUCCUCGAGACAUCCUUGCACUUCGACUCAGGGAAACCGCCAUAUCUGAUAACAUUAGAGACCAAACAGCUUUAUUAAACCGUUAUAAACGAGGGCGAACAAGACAUCCAAGGUACAGCGGGGACUCCUUUUCGGAUACAGGGGCAGGAUGGAAUUCUCCUGAAAUGAGUAGAGGUUAUUCCUACUUUUAUGAAAGCAGAAAGAAGCGACAAGACCCCCAGAUCCGAAAACCAAGGUCUUGGCAUCCAUCUCCUUACGGCUCAGAUGAUGAAGAGGAUAUAUUGACAAGGGACGAGAUUAGUAGAAUCAAAGGAGAGCCAGUUGGAAGUCUUCCCUACGCAGAAGAUACAGACAGACUUCGAAAGGAGCUUAGAAAGCUAGCAAGGAAACGAGAAACUUACGAGAGAACGAGUUGUAAUGCUUCUUAUCCUGGAGAAAGAAUGAUGCCAUCUCGACGACGGGUACGAGAUGCACGAAAUAAUUUAGGAUACUUAUAUUCCCACAACUCUGACAUGUAUCAUACAGGACCAACUUGGACUAAACAUGAUACGGGAAGUAGCAAGAUAACUAGAUCAGGCGAUUAUUUCAAUGCCACAGUCCCUGCUAGCUAUUCAAACCCAUCCCUAUCCAGAUAUGGGUAUGUUCGACAACCUGACGUACUUUAUUACGGUAGCGAACCAACAAGCCCAUUGGCCCGUUUUCAAGAAAGUACAGUCGAAGAUAAAAGUAUGUCUAGAGGAUUAUUAACUAUCCCAACAACUACUGCUACUCCUUACAAAACUCGGCGCCAGAACCGAUUACAAAUAGAGUCCAUCUUGGACUUCUCUCCUGCAACAACAGACUCUGAGACGCCACCAGAUCACUCGGAAAAUACGUCGGCUCCUCCUGGCAUUGACUAUUGUUCUCAAAAUCUCUUGGAAGAUUUCAACAGCACCAACAUUGUUGCUCGUCGCUCUCACCAAUCCCAAAGAAACAUUAGCAAUUCUGACCGGUCUAGAGGUCGUCCGAGAGAUGGAACAGCUAGAGAAGAAGAAUAUAGGGAGGAGAAAGUCCAAGAGAAGAAACCACACAAAUGGGGGUGUACAUACAGCUUUCCAGUAAAGAGAAUUCUUCUAACACGGGAUCCGAAGGAUCGGUUUGUAAAGGGCAAUGGAUUUGGCUUAGAAAUUGUUGGUGGCAAAGAGCUUUCAAACAAUAGUAAUUUAACAGGAGCAUAUAUUGCUAAAAUCUACCCUGGAGUAAUGGCUAGUAUACUAAAUGAAGUUGCUGUUGGUGAUCAGGUUAUAGAGUGGAAUGGAAUAAAUUUAAACGGAAAAACGUAUGAAGAGGUAAAAAGAAUUGUUGCAUCUUCUGGAGAUGAAGUAGAAAUGAUUAUUAGAAGUGAUUUAAAUGUCCUCAAACAGCAGGAAGUGAGUCACGUGCAGCGACACUCAUCCAGUGAUGGACUUGGACGAUACGAUGAUCCUUGUACAGGUCACAACCCACGUGACUAUGGCAGUACAGGACAGGAUUAUGGAAGGCUCUCCCUAGAACAGGACUAUUUCAGAGGGAACAACGGUUCACGAAGUGGCUGGAAACACAAUAACGCCGAAAACCCAACCUCAUCCCAUCUCCCCAACCCACAAAUCAAUGGGUUUGAUCGCUUAACUUCUUCUGUAAUUGAACCUAACGCAGAAAAUCAAGUGGACUUUGCUGACGUCGACACUGAAGAUAUUCCAUUGCUUACACAUCACCAAUCAGAAGCGACCAAUCAAAGUUGUCAUUCAGUGUUACCUCUUUCUACAUCAUCCUACCAGGGGCCUCCCGCUGCUGUUCCUGUCUCACGAGCCUUCAAUCAGAACUGUUCGAAAAUGAGUCCAACAGAUGAUGAACAGUACAAGCUCCAAGCACAACAUAUAACCGGAGAAAUCAAGAUUCAAGUAUGUUUUGACUCAAAGGCAGCGAUACUCUACGUGACUGUUGUUAAAGCACGAAAUCUUGGAACAUCAAGGGACAAUAGUGGAUUUCCCGAUCCUUUUGUCAAGUGUUAUCUGUUGCCAGGUCGAUGUAUCGAGAACCAGAGACGAACAAGGUAUUUUUCUCGGUGCAGUAAUCCAGAGUGGAAUCAAACAAUGGUCUAUCCUAACGUUACCAUGGGCAUGCUUCAGGAAAAGUUUCUGGAAAUUAGCGUGUGGAACUAUGAUAUACAUAAACCUAGCGAAUUUCUUGGAGAAAUCAUCCUGAACCUUGCAAAUGAAUGUAUAAUUGAUGAACAGGCUCGCUGGUAUAAGCUUCAAAAACAUGACAAAAGUCGUUAUCCACGUGACCCAUCGGGGAAAACAAGAGGUAGCCAUGAAGGUGACAGAGAAGACCACAAGAUGGCGCGCCUGAAUCAUGCAAACGGGGAUAUUAAGUUUCAUUUCGAGCAUGAAAAAAAGUUCAACAAACAUUAUCAUCGGAAAUCAGAUCGUACAAAGGGUAUGAAAAAAUCUAAACUUAUCUGUAUGUGAUGUGGAUUGGCUUGCACAAUGUAAUCGGACGAUGUUGCUUGGUCCAAUCUUCUAUGUUUGUAAUGCUCAAGUCAUCAAUACAUGAGUGCGCAUGCUCACUUGUGGGGUGUUCCUUACAUCAGCAUUACCUGACUGCGCAUGCUUUCUUCCGGGUUGUUACUUACGCCAGCAUUACAUGACUGCACAUGCUCACUUCUGGUUUGUUCCUUACAUCAAUAUUACACGAAUGUGAAUGCUUACCUCUCUAUUGUUCUUUAUUAUUUGUCUCUAAAAGUAUCAUCAGUCAAUAUAAUAUCAUGUCAAAGAAAAGAAAGAUAAAAACUUCAAAUUUAAUGGUUGCAGAUAUUAGAGUUAUUUCGGCAUUAAUUAAUUUUUUGUAACAUUAUGCCAAUUAGCUCACCAUGAUUUACUUCAAAAAAUGAUCAAAUCUUAAUACCAUGAAAUAUUAAAAAUAUGAACGAUUCAAAUAAAUUAUAUUACUUUCGAACUUACUUUCAUAGAUGUGGUGACCAACAUCAUUAACAACUUGAAAGGUACAAUAAUGUAAAAUAUUUCAUGUUUAGAAUAUUGGAUUCAAGGGGUAUACAAAUGAUAUUUUUGACUAUAUUGCAUAGUAAAUAAAUAUGUAUUGAAGUUUAUUUAUCAUCUAGGCACAAAACAAAAGCACAAAUAAAAGUACAUACUGAGAGUGUCCUUUUUUGUUUGCCUUUUUAAAUGAAAAAUGUUUUGCACAUGUUUGAUAUAUGCACAAUAGGUCUGUGGUGUUGUUUUCGUUGUAUUUGCAUCUUUGUCAGCAGUAAGUUUUUGUUUAGUAUUGGUUUCAAAAUGUUAAAAAAUAAUGUUCUGUCCGUCUUGCAUAUUUGAAUUUCAAGCUUAUUUUGGGUGAUUGUUUAAUAAUAGUAUUCUUAAAUUUCCUUAUUAUUAUUAAUGUGUUUCACACGUUGUUGUCUAAUGAUGUUGGAUAAGCACGUUCAGUUUAGCCUGGUUGUUGUUAACAGUUAUAUAAGCUUAUAUUUCCAUUUCGUCCUCGUCUCUAAAGCUCCAUAUUAUAAAAGUACGGAGAAGUUCUUGGCUGUCAUAGCUGAGCGAAUGUAUGUACACACGUUUUACACAACAAGUAGUACUGUAGCAGACCUUAUUUAUCCUAUCACUAGACGUUUCUUUAAGCACGUUUUAAAAAACAAGUAACACUGUAGCAGACUUUAUUUAUUCUUUUACUAGACGUUUCUGUAAACACGUUUUACACAACAAUAAUACUGAAGCAAACCUUAUUUGUCCUAUUAGUAAACGGUUCUGUAAACACGUUUUACACUAAAAGUUGUACUGUAGCAGACGGUGUUGAUCCUAUUACUAGACGUUUAUUUAAGCACGUUUUAAAAAACAAGUAACACUGUAGCAGACGUUAUAUAUCUAUUACUGAACAUUUCAGUAAGUACGUUUUACACAAUCAGUAACACUGAAGCAGACCUUAUUUGUCCUAUUACUAAACGUUUCUGUAAGCACGUUU